CCAAAAACGCCAAGGACAGCUGCAGCACUCGCAACCGUCCAAACACACACACCCUCACCCUCGCCACCCGCACCACCCACAUCACCCUUGCUUGCUUGCUGCCACCUUCCUGCGCCUGCCUCGCUCGCUCGCGGUUGUCUGGGUGGCAUCGCCCGUUCCUCGAGCGUCACGCGUCCUGCCUCCACAGGGUGCUGAAUUGCUUUGUCUUGACACUGCUGGUCGCGGCACCACCUUUGUGAGCGUGUGUGCGUGCGUGGCAGGUGUGAUUGUGUGGCCGCCUUCGCCACCCUUCCUCCACCAUACCCAGGUGCCCUUCGCCCUGCUCUGUUCUCGGGUGUGGCAACAGCAGGUCCACACGAGUGGCCCCUGAUCCGCAAAGCCCGAUACAUUCGUCCAUGAGCCAACACGCGCGCCGCCCGGGCUCUGCCCGGCCCGGGUCCAGGUCUCCCCAGACCCUCCAGCGAGUGGUGUCACAACGACGUGACGAACAAGAAGAGCCAAGGGUGUUUGAUGUGAACAAGCAACUCCACGAAUGGGAUCCUUCGGAGAUCCACGGUCGCUGUAUGGGCCAUCUCUGGCACCGCAGCGACACGUCCCGCAUGUUCAAGCGCGGGAAAAAGACAGGCUACCAGUGCCUGGCGUGUCACAACACCGUUGAUGACAUUACAAACCACGACAACAAACUCGUCAGCGCGUGCCGCCCAACCUUCACCGUCCUCAGCGAAUACCCACCACGUGAAAAGCUGACUGUCACCCAUCAUUGGGUCAAGGGGUCGUAUCCAAAGGGCAAGGUCUGCGACUUUUGCUCAAAGCAGACGUCUGUAGGGAAUCCAUCGCAGGCUGAUGACGUGGACAUGAUAGAUGCAGAACGGAGACACCAGGCCCGGGACUCCACCCCCGACCUCUCGUUCACGGUGUCGCAGUACCAGUCGCUGGCGGCAGCGGCACGGCGCGCGUCAGCCCCGUCCCCACACGCUGGAUCCCGGAAGGACCUCCUCGUCAUGGAAUCUUUGCACGAAGACGCACACGAGUCUGUGGUGGACGCAAAUGGCAACGACGACGACGACGCUGAUGAUGAUGGUGACGAUGCAGAGUUUGAUGAGCAGUUCAACCAGCAGUACGCGGGUGUGCUGGAAAAAAUGUCCGAAGAAAAACGGCGGAGUUUCCGCAACAGCAUGAAGCGCGCGCGGCGGCUGAAGGACCGGGCUGUCAAUGCGGCUGUCAGCGCCGUUGAUCGCACAGUCAUGACCGACGGAUCCCCGCUCCAGUUCUCCAUUCGCCCGCAGCGGCCGUCUGCGUACCCGCUGCUCGUGUUUGUGAAUCCGAAGAGCGGGGGCAACCAGGGCAUCAAGCUGAUGCGCCACUUCAUGUGGCACCUCAACCCGCGGCAGGUCUUCAACAUCAUGGCUCGCGACGACAGCGGCAACGUCAUCGGCCCAAAGCCCGCCCUCUCCAUGUUUGGGCGCACCCCCAAUCUGCGCAUUCUGGUGUGUGGCGGCGAUGGCACGAUCGGCUGGGUGCUGCAGUCCCUUGACGAGCUAAACCUGUCAGACCUGCAUAUCCCCGUGGGCACCAUUCCUCUCGGCACGGGCAACGACAUGGCGCGCUCCUUGAAGAUGGGCGGUGGCUACGAGGGCGAGCCUGCAGGCAAACUCCUCAACUCUGUCAUCAACAGCGUCAGCACACAGCUUGACCGGUGGUCGCUGACGAUUGACGACUGCCUCGACUUUGACGAGGAGGCGUAUGCGCGCUCGAGCGACGUGCCGCUGUCACGCGAACUGCCACUCAACGUCUGCAACAACUACUUUUCGUUUGGCACCGACGCGUGGGCUGCGCUCAACUUCCACCUCGCCCGCGAGCGUGACCCGGCCAAGUUCAGCUCCCGCAUGCACAACAAGGCAUACUACGGCAUCCAGGGUGCCAAGGACAUUUUUCAGCACAAGUACAAGAACUUGCACACGAUGGUUCGCCUCUGGUGUGACGACACGGACUACACCGACGUGAUCAAGCGCAAGAGUUUGGAAGCAAUCGCGUUCCUCAACAUCUACUCCUACGGCGCAGGAACACGCCCAUGGGGCACAAAAGCUGCUGUGGACUCGUUUGCGCCGCCACGCCUGGAUGACGGCAAAGUCGAGGUUGUUGGCUUCAGCAGUGCGCUUGCCCUGGCGCGUGGCGUGAUGCAUCUUGGUCACGCGUAUCGCAUCUGCCAGUGCAGUCGUGCUCGCAUCGAGGUGCUGCGACCGCUGCCGGUGCAGGUGGAUGGCGAACCAUGCAUGCUCGGCCCAUGUAUCAUCAACUUCACCUUCAAGAACCAGGCCACCAUGCUUUGCAGGCCCAAGGGCCGAUUCCUGCGCGAUCUCGAAGAGGGACGAACAGGCCGCUGCUUCCCAGAGCAGUCGGCCGCGCGUCUCGCUGUUGGCGACGAUGACGACGACGAAGACGACGAUGACUCGCGGACCGGUUCUCCGCUGCCGGAGGUGACGACGGACACCGCGCCCGCAUCAAAGCGGACAUCAUCGGAGGACCCCGUCCUGUGGACCGGCGGUUCAUCGCGGCCCGGCACGUCCUCUGGCCGUCGCAGUCCCAUCAACAUCUUCCGCUCCCGCAGCCCUGGUGCCGAUCGCCCAACGAGUGCAGGCGGCAGCAGGCGGAGCAAGCGCAGGCCCGGCAGUCCGAGCUUCAAGGCGCUGUCCUUCUUCAGGCCGCGCAGCCCAGGCGCCUCGUUGCGAUCGGGGCUGGCACGUGCGGAGAGUCCUACCUUGGGGCGUGCCCUGGUUGAGGAGGACAGCAGCGCAGACAACAGUCGCGUCAGUGGCGACACGACCAUGGACGACGACGACUCUGCUCUGGGACGUGGCGGUGGUUUGCCUGCAGGCAAAACAGAACGCAAGGACCACCGUAUGGACGAUGAGGACAAGGCAUCUGCAAUGAAACCGCGGCCAACAACAGCACCGGCCAGCCCGAGCGGACGAAGGAGUGGGCGGAGACAGGAAUCCGUCACCUCCCGCGCAGCGCAAAUUGAGGACCAGGUACGCCGCACCACCGCCGACACAAAGAAGCCCCCAGCGCACGAGACGCCAGUAUACGUGGUUCCACUGUCGUCGUCAUCACGAACGCGACCGCUGCGCUAUGCCGGCAGUUACGACAUCGACCCCUCCAUCUCUCUCAAGAGCGCCCGCCCCAUCAUCAGCAAAGCCAUCAACGAGAUGCAGCAGCUGUUUGCCGCGGCGGACAUUGAGGACGGACGCAAGUUUGUCGAGCAUCUGCGCACCCACCAGCUCAACAUCAACGCAAAGGACCCGACAGGGUUCACGGUGCUCCACUACGCUGCGCUAAACAACCUGACGUCCAUCCUGCUUGCGUGUCUCGACACGUUUGGCAUGGAUCCGAACCUGGCAGACCUCUGCGGUCGCUCACCUCUCCACUACGCUGCCCAGAUGGGCAACAUCAAAGCAUGCCAGAUGCUGUUGCACCACGGUGCUGACAUUGGGUUCCGGGACCGCGCGUCGUUUGUGCCGAUGGACCUUGCUGCGGCGGAGGGCCACGACCUGGCGCCGUACCUGCGCGGUGAUGACGGCGCUAAGGAGUCUCCAGAUGUCACCAGCACCGCCGCCACCGAGGCCGCACGCACGUCUGCAGGCUCACCCAUGCAAGGUGAAUCCUACGUGUAACUAGUACACAAACAUACCAGUUGCCCCCUCCCCCUUCUCUCUCUCUCUCUCCUUCUCACACACACACACACACUCUCUCUCCUUCUCACACACACUCUCUCCCCUUCUCUCGUCUUCCUUCCCUCUCUGUCCAUUCCUUUGCGUUCAAACAUCGCUGCACACCGUAAACGACGACGACUGACAUCAGUUGUAGAUAAUUCAC